CGUUGCUCGUCCAUUCCGGGGCACCCGCAAAACAGAGAAGAUCCAUUUCCCCUUCUCCUCCCGAUGAAUGACCCGAUCCACCUAGAACUGUACGAUCUACUAAUCAUAAUCUUCAUAUUAGAAGCUAGGGUUUCCCUGUGCCUCCUCUUUACUAAGCAUGAAUGGAUGUAUAUAACUAGUCAACAAAUUGAGGCAGGGCCCUGUGGCUAUCCUCCGGGAGGUAGUGUUCAAGUUCCUAGCCGACAAGUCCUCGGGAUAACACGGGAUGCUGGAAGCUUCCGGCUAGUUGUGUCAUCUCGCCGAUUACUACCUUCUUCCAAUGUCUUAGACGGAAUGCACGGAUGUUUUGGUGCGGUUGCUUUGCAUACGCUUUGAACGAGCACCCGCGCAUCGACCACGCUGACAGCGAUGUUUGUUCUCCAAUAUGGUUCAGUCUUCAGUUUCAAGCUAGUGCUCUGUACUACCACUGUCUGUCUAGUACGAUUAUUUGUCUCUCGAUAGGGCAAAGUGGAUGCCCCAUAACCCUCUAGUAAACCAUCUCGACGCCCUAAGCCCGAUAUGUUAAGUCACUUACUCCUCCGUCAUUUGCAUGUUUGCUCGUGAAGUACUAGAGCAGUAGGGCACGGACUGGACUAGACUAGGUAGAUAGCUAGACUGCUAGUUUAGAGCGAGGGCUGGACAGAACACUAAGCACGCAGGUCUCUCCUGCCUGCGGUGGAGCACGUGGAUCCGAGCGUCUGGCGUAAACACUCACCGGAGCUAUUAUACGAU